AUGGCAGCGGGAGUAGCCGCCUGGCUCCCCUUUGCCCGGGCGGCCGCUAUCGGAUGGAUGCCGGUGGCGAGCCAGCCCAUGCCCGCCGCCCCCAGCGAGAGGAAGCGGCCUCAGGACGGGCUGGUCAUCCUGAAUGUGAGCGGCAGGCGCUUCCAGACCUGGAGGAGCACUUUGGAGAGGUACCCGGACACUCUGCUGGGCAGCUCGGAGAAAGACUUCUUCUACAACGAGGAGAUCCGCGAGUAUUUCUUCGACCGGGACCCUGACAUCUUCAGGAGCAUCCUGAAUUUUUACCGGACCGGCAAGCUGCACUACCCGAGGCACGAGUGCAUCUCGGCUUACGACGAGGAGCUCUCCUUCUUCGGCAUCAUCCCGGAGAUCAUCGGCGACUGCUGCUAUGAAGAGUACAAGGACCGAAAGCGGGAAAACGUCGAGCGGAUCAUGGACGACGCCGAGGACGACAUCAGCAGCGAGAACCGGCUGCCGUCCAUGACCGCCCGCCAGAAGGUGUGGCGGGCUUUCGAGAACCCGCACACCAGCACCCUGGCGCUCGUCUUCUACUACGUCACCGGCUUCUUCAUCGCCGUCUCGGUGAUGGCCAACGUGGUGGAGACGGUGCCGUGCGGCUUGGUGCCGGGGAGUGUGAAGGAGUUGCCGUGUGGAGAGCGCUACGCCCUGGCCUUCUUCUGCCUGGAUACAGCGUGCGUCAUGAUCUUCACCGUCGAGUACCUGCUCCGCCUCGUGGCGGCCCCGAGCCGUUACCGCUUCGUCCGCAGCGUCAUGAGCAUCAUCGACGUGGUGGCCAUCAUGCCCUACUACAUCGGCCUGGUCAUGACCGACAACGAGGAUGUGAGCGGCGCCUUCGUCACCCUGCGGGUUUUCCGCGUCUUCAGGAUAUUCAAGUUCUCCCGCCACUCGCAGGGCCUCCGCAUCCUGGGCUACACCCUCAAGAGCUGCGCCUCCGAGCUCGGCUUCCUCCUCUUCUCCCUCACCAUGGCCAUCAUCAUCUUCGCCACCGUCAUGUUCUACGCCGAGAAGGGCUCCUCCGCCACCAAGUUCACCAGCAUCCCGGCUGCUUUCUGGUACACCAUCGUCACCAUGACAACCCUGGGGUAUGGUGACAUGGUACCAAAGACCAUUGCUGGGAAGAUUUUUGGUUCUAUCUGCUCUUUGAGUGGUGUGUUGGUCAUUGCCUUACCAGUCCCAGUGAUUGUCUCAAACUUCAGCCGUAUCUACCAUCAGAACCAACGGGCAGAUAAACGCAAGGCACAGAAGAAAGCCAGACUUGCAAGAAUCCGUGUGGCAAAGACAGGGAGUGCAAAUGCUUAUAUGCAGAGCAAGCACAAUGGCUUACUAAGUGAUUCACUGGAGCAGAUGUCUAAUGAUGAAGAACAAGCCCUAGUUAGCAAGUCAGGGUCUUCAUUUCAGAGGCAGCAUCAUCAUCUCUUACACUGUUUGGAGAAAACUACGAAUCACGACUUUGUGGAUGAGCAAACAUACGAAGAGAAUUGUCUAGAAGGAUCUACAAGAAAUCGAUCAAAUUCACACAGCCCUUCUCUCUCGUCUCAACAUGGCUUAACAGGAACAUGUUGCUCAAGACGCAGCAAAAAGCCUUUCCGCCUUCCAAAUUCCAAUAUUUCUUGCAGUCACGUUGGAAGUGUACAGGAGCUCAGUACUAUUCAGAUUCGAUGUGUGCAGCAAAGUGGUCUCUCCAAUAGCCGAUCCAGUUUGAAUGCAAACGUAGAGGAAAGUGUCAAACUAAAUUGUGAGCAGUCAUAUAUAACAACAGCAGUAAUAAGCAUGCCCAGCCCUCCUGCCACAACACCUGAAGGAGACGACAGGCCUGACUCUCCAGGCCAAGCAGAAAGCAACAUUGUAAAAGUGUCAGCACUGUAA